AUGUCGGGUGUCGAGGCCAUCACUAUCGUCCAGCUCAUCGGCGCCUGCAUCGACAUUACCAAAGCCGUGAACGACAUCGGUAGAGCCGCGAAAGACGCCAAAGGCCUGCCACCGAAGCUCAAAGAGCUAUUUGAAAGGCUACCAGCAAUCAUUGACCUGCUCAAUUCCGCGCGUGAAAGGGCCGAGAAGGACGAGAUUUCUGAGGAGUCCAAGGAGAGCAUCAAGCCGGUCCUGGCGCAUUGCAAAGAGUCUCUGGACGCGCUGAGGAUCUUGUUCUGGAAAGCUUGUCCAGAAGAUGGUGAUAAUUAUGGCAAACGCCUCUGGAAGGGUACGAAGACAGUAUUUCUCGGGAGAGACAGCAGGCUUCAAAAGCACAUGAGCGACAUUAUGGAGAAUCUGAAUUUACUGGAGCUCAAAGGAAUUUUCAGCAUCGACAACAAGCUGGACGAUCUCACGGAGACUGUUCAAAUCUUGGCAGAAGAAGACACCACAGUCAGAAACGCGCACUCCGGGAGUGGGAAUUUGAAUGUUCAUGAGGGCCCUGGCAACCAGUAUAACAUUGGUGGUGGGAGCAAUAAUACAUUCAAUCAGAACUUCGGCACUCACAUACAUGAGGGCCAUUCGAAAAUCCCUCUCCCCGAGCAGUGCCUGCGAUCACUGGCUUUCCCAGAUAUGGAAGCUCGAAGUGACAUCAACGAGAAGGCGGAACACACCUGCGAGUGGAUUUUCGAGCAUGAGGAUUACCAGACCUGGAUGGGUCGAGGAGGGCUUUUGUGGAUAAAAGGUAGAGCCGGCACGGGUAAAUCUACUUUGAUGGAAGCGAUUAGAGCAAGAAGCCUACCAGCAAGGGAAAAGAGCUUUGAACAUCUGAGCCCAACAAGACGCACGCUGGUGGUGUCGUUCUUCUUCAAUCGACGAGGCGAAAUGUUGCACCAGACAGCGGUUGGUCUGUUUCGAUCUUUACUUCAUCAGGUUCUUCGUUGUGACGAUGACUUACUAUCUCAAUUCACGAAAGACUCUGGUUUCGCGGAUUACCAUCGUACCAAAGGCGAACCAGGCAGGGAUAAGACAUGGGACUGGACAGAGUCAGACCUGCGGGACCUAUUUCGCAAAUACGUCAAGAAAUUCAUCGAGACUAAUGACCUUCGUCUCUAUGUUGAUGCGCUUGAUGAGGGAGGAGAGCAAGUUGCGAGACAGCUAAUGGCUCUAUUCGAGAGCUGUCGGGGAGAAAUUGGGCACGAAUUGAACAUCUGUGUCUCUUGUCGCCCAUAUCCACAGCGCCUCAGUUCCUACGACUACUGCAUUGAGAUUGUCAACCAGACUCAGCAAGACAUUUCUCGAUUUCUCGAGGAGUAUUGUAGCGAAUGGUCGGACUGGUCUGACCCGCAGGCGUUGCAAAGGGUCAAAAAGGAGAUCUUAUCCAGAGCCUCGGGCGUUUUUCAGUGGGUCAUCAUCGUUAUUGGCAGGGUAGUCAAGUUGCGAGACGAGAAUCUGGCGACGAUCCUGGCCAGCAUCGCAAGUUUACCUCAGGACCUCAAUGAUCUUUAUCAUGACAUGUUCAAGCCCCUGAGAGCAGAGAACAGUAGUGAUCGAAGAGCAGCAUUGCGUCUAUUCCGGUGGAUGACCUUCGCAAAGGGGCGUCUCUCACUCGGUGAGCUUCGUUAUGCAGCUGCUAUUGAUGCCGAUUCGCCGUUGAAAUUUGUCAAUGACUGCAAGCAUUCCGCCCACUGGUGCGAAGAUGACGAUAAGAUGUUGAAACGGCUGCAACGCUUAUCAUUUGGCGUGGUCAAGCUCGAUGGUUCUUAUGUUCAAUUCGAUCAUGAGUCCGUUCGAGACUAUAUGCUAGCUCGGGGUAUUUCAUCUUUUGAGAGAGAUCAAGCUGAUCCAUCACUCGACAACGUAGUUGGAAAAUCAGAAGCAAUCUUGUCUCGUGUCUGCUUUCGAUAUCUGGCUGCUCACGACGUCCUCAAGCGUUCAGAGGAAGUUCUGAAGGCUUUCGAGUCCGGCAGACCUGGUUGGUCCCGCCACUCUCAACUGGAUCCUGAAGCCAAUCCAGAACUGCAACUAGGGCAGUAUGCAAGAUCCUUCUGCUGGAAACACGCCUACGCUGCCGAAGCGGAAGGUCGAUCACUGAAGGAGAUAGUCAAGAUCACUAACUGGCCUUUGUUCAAGUGUGCUUACGCAUUCAGUAUGAUCCGUGAUCCGGGAAUCAACAAAGAUCUGACUCUACUACACCUGGCAGCACAUUUCGGCAUUACCAGCAUUUUCGAGGAAGUAUUGUCCCGAGAGUCAAAAUCUGACCUAAACCCGAAAGACAGAUGGAGCCGAACUCCGCUGUGGUAUGCAUCGUGUCGGCGUCACCAAGCAAUCGUCAAGCUGCUUGUGAACAGCGGAAGAGUAGAGGUCAAUUCCACGGACACGAAACAAAGAUCUCCUUUCGCGAUAGCAGUACAUGAGGGUCAUGAGGAAGUUAUAAGACUACUUCUUGAAAGCCAGCGAGUGGAUAUGAAUUCCUAUGUCUUUUCGGAUCUGAAGACCCCUUUCGCCAUAGCAGUGGACAAAGGCUACGAAGGUGUCCUAGUACCACUGCUCAAGAAUGCGCGGGUAGACGUAAAUCCUCGGGACUAUCAGCAGAAGACCCCUUUCGCAACAGCAGUGGAAAGCGGCGACGAAUUGAUGACAAGAAUGCUUCUUGGGUGCUCCAGAGUAGAUGUGAAUACUCGGAACGAGAUUGGAAGUACCCCUUUGCUCACAGCGAUGUACAAAGCUCACAAAAGAAUUGUCCGCCUGCUUCUUGAGAGUGAUCGCGUGGAUGUGAAUCUUCCGGAUCCAUGGGGCUACACUCCUCUCUGGACGGCGCUAUACAAGACAGAUCUGGAUGAGGAUAUCGUGAAGCUGCUUCUCAAGAUCGAACGAUUAAAUGUGAAUUCCCGGCAUGAUGGAAGUGAGACCGCUCUCGCGGAAGCAGCGAGAUGUGGAGCGGAGACGAGCGUAAGACUUCUUCUUAAGAGUGAGCGGGUCGAUGUCAAUUGUCAGGACGAUAUGCUGCGGACUCCUCUCUCAUUAGCAUCGGGAAAUGGUUAUCAAGACACUGCAAAGUUGCUUCUGCUCAGGAGUGAUAUCGAUCCUAAUGCUUGGGACUUGGGUCGUAAGACGCCUCUCUGGCACGCAGCAUAUGAGGGCCAUGAGAACAUAACAAAGAUGCUAUUGGAGGACAGCAGGGUCCGCAAAUGGACCAAGAAUAAUUUUGGUUGGACGCCUCUCUGGGCCGCAGUCGUCCGAGGUCAUGCACAGAUUGUGAAGCUAUUCUGGGAAGGAGGUUUUAUCGAUAUGAAUAGCAGGCACUACAGCGAUUCUGGUGAGACGCUUCUCGAGCUCGCAGCAAGCCAUAGCCAUGCGCAUAUUCUCCGAUUACUGAUCGAGACCGGAGAAAUUGACCUGGACAUGCACGACGUCUCCUAUUAUUUCGGACGAGCAGCAUCAGACGGGGGAAAGGAGACUGUCAAAGCGCUUCUGGGAACAGACGAAGUAGGAAAGGGGAAAAACAAAGGUGUCGAUAUCAGAAUCCCCGAGCCUCCAUAG